GAGAGAGAGAGAGCAUCCGACAAGGAAUGACAGGGGAGUGGAGAGUGGAGUCAUUCCAGCGCUCUCAACUUCUCAACACGAAAUACGUUCCUAGGCACUCCUGUAGGACCUAUCGCGAUUAACCGCCUUAAUCUGGGUUUUGUUUCGUUUCUUCGUUUUUUCACAGGGAGUUGUUCUUUUUAACGCGGUGGAAGAAAACAUUGGAAUGUAAAUGUUAUCAGGAUGACUACAGUUUCUAAGGACUUUGCCGACGAGUCCUGAACGGAUUUUAAGGAUCUUUGGUGCCCAAAGCCCAAGAAAAAACGCUUUUUGGAUAUUUUAGUCUGUCUUUAAAUUCCACCUUUUUUUAACGUGCUAAUGUACAAGUGACGCAUUACUAGCCAUGGUUUUUGACUCACAGGGGAAACUGUCGGAGUCUUUGCGGUUUCUCCGCUUUAGUGGAAAAGCUGAGAGAAGUGUGAACUUAAUUGGGUGGUCUUCACCGAGUCACUGACGGGUGGCUCCGCGCAGAGUUCACGGUGUGCUGUAGUGGCACUGUACUUUAAUGAAAAGUAUUAGUGAAUAUUUGUCUCUAAUGCUGCGGGUGGGUCAUGAAUCUAUGACCUCCGGCUGCGCAUGCUGUGCGCACCGCACACAGACUCCUGUUCUCGUGCGGCGAGUAUAAAUCCAUGAGGAAUCUCCCCCGGAUCCGAACUGGACCAAUACGACACAUUCAAAACUGACUAAGUUGUCGUAUGUUCAGGUCUAGACGCUCAACUCUUGUACGGCGACUCUGGAGAAGCCGUCUGGUCACCGAUAGCGAGGGACGAGAUGGAGGCAAACGAGCUGGGGGGGAUCAGGACGGGUCCUACGGCCGGGACGCAGAAGACAGUCACAGCGGAGCGGAGCGGCGGCCGGUGACCCGCGAAGUCCGGCCCCUGGGAACUGUUACCGGGGAAGCACACAGUGGACACCUCGGGGACGGCGUCGCGCAGGAGGGCUACCCCUCGGAGCAUGAGCGGGGGGGCAUGUGUGUCCCAGAGCAUCGCUGCUCGCGACGGGGACAGGACAGUGACGGCAGGACGGUGACGUGUUGUGUGUUUAGGGAAUGGAACCUCAGACCUCGGCGACCGUACUCGGCCUUAAGGAAAGACGGAGGGGGGUCUUCGUGUCGGUGUUGUCCGAGGCACAAACGCCUCGAGGGAAAUACUUUGGGCGAGCAGGAACUCAAGAACAUGGUGCACGCACUGUUAAAGAGGUUACGCGAGAAUCACCUCGAAGCCUUGCUGAAGGCCAUAGAGACCAAAGGGGGACACCCCGGUGAAUGUGUUAUGAUGCCGCAGUCGGACGCUGAUAUCCAGAGCGCCCCCCCAUUUCUACUUUGUAAGCUUUAUCGCUGGAACGACCUUCAACCAUCGGCCCAGCUGAAGGUGUUGUGCCACUGCAAGAGUUUCCAUGCAGUGGACAGCGCGCAGGUGUGCUGCAACCCCUACCACUACAGUCGUUUAUGUGGGCCAGAAUCACCUCCUCCCCCAUACUCUGUGUCCCAUUCAGAUGCACACAAGCCACUGGAAUCAACUCAGUCUUACACUGAAACUGUACCCCUACAUCACAACAACCACCCUCAAGUCCCCCCCAGAGACUACACUGACACUGGUACCUCCAUCGGCUCCACCACCUCCGUGGACCGCCGCUCCCAGUGGUGCAGCGUGGCCUACUGGGAGCAGCGGACCCGCGUGGGCCGCCUCUACGCGGCGCGCGAGCCCUCGCUCGGCAUCUUCUACGACCUACCUCAGGGCACGGGCCUCUGCCUGGGCCAGCUGCACGCCGACGCCUACCAGCGUCGGCGCCGCCGCGGCGAUGGCGACGGCGACGGUGAUUCGGACCCCGACGGCGAGCCGGCGGCGGGGGCGGACGCGCAGGGCGCUCGCCGCGGGGGCGUGGCCAGCGGCGUGCGACAGGUGCGCGAUAAGAUCGGCCACGGCAUCGCCCUGAGCCAGGAGGCGGACGGCGUGUGGGUGUACAACCGCAGCCAGCACCCGGUGUUUGUCCACUCCCCCACCCUGGACCUGCCCGGCGCCCGCGGGGGCCUGACGGUGCGCCGGGUGGUGCCGGGCUACUCCCUCAAGGUGUUUGACUACGAGCGCUCCGGGUGGAUGGAGGAGCACGGCGUGAAGCCCGAGGGCCAGGAGGGGCCCUGGGACCCGCGCAGCGUGCGCAUCAGCUUCGCCAAGGGUUGGGGCCCCUGCUACUCCAGACAGUUCAUCACCUCCUGCCCCUGCUGGCUGGAGGUGCUGCUCAGCAACCACCGAUAGCACACACACACACACACACACACACACACACACACACACACACACACACACACACACUCUCACUCUCACUCUCUCUCUCUCUCUCUCUCUCUCUCUCUCUCUCUCACACACACUCACACACACACACACACACACACACACACACUUAUGGACAUUGCGUAGCCAGUGAUGCACAAAGACCCAAACACCGACACGCACACAGCAACACACGCAGCAACAUAAACUCAACAGCGCACACCUAUGAGGUUUCGUAACCAAGUAUCGUAAUUGUAAUCUACCUAGAUUUAAUAUAAAUCUUUAUAUAUUAUAUAAAAUAUAUUAUACAUGUAAAUACCUGAGUCAUUUUUACAAUGCAAUUAUUUAUGUAUAGUGUAAUGUGUAUAUGAACAGGACAAAACUGAACAGGAGUAGGCACUUUUGAUUCUAUAUAAGUAUGGCGUUGAUUAUUUUUCUCUUCAGCGUUGUUUCCAGUAUCUUAACUGCUAAAAUUACGACAAAGCUGGUUAAUGUUCUCAAGAAUUUACGAUUCCUACAGAAAGUUUGCCAUUCACACAUUGACAAUAAAGUAUUUGUACUAUUAUA